AUGGGGGCAUCCAAACCGAAGCAGUUCACUCGGCCGCCUCCAAAGAAAAAGGCCAAAGCCGUUCCUGUCACCGCCGACGAUUUUCAGGAGGCAGCGGACAUCGAAGAGGCUGCAGGUGGCAAGCAUCGUGUUGGAGACCCAGCAAAGUCUGGACGGGCGUUUCUGAGAGCUCUGGAGUUGUACGACAAGGGUUUGCAAAAGCAUCCCGAAAGCCUGGAUCUCGCCUAUAACAAGGCUCGCCUUCAGCUCGAGAUCUCCCAGCAACCAGCUUUGGUGGAGCACAUUGGUGUUCCUCUAGUGGACUGGUUACAGCUCACCCUAGAAUCCCAUCGUCAUGCCCUACGGCUCAGUCAAGAUAACCCAGAUGCCCUCUUCAAUACUGCUCAAGUCUUGACCAGUCUUGCGGAGGAGCUCUCGGAGGAUGAUCGCUCAGAAGAAGCAGCCAAGCCUCUGCAGGAAGCGUUGGAAUUGCUUUCGUCGUGUUUGUCCAGACAGGAGAUGAUGUUCGAGCAGCAUCGACUGGACUUCCCCGAUACAGAAGAGGGCGGGGUUUCAGUCAAUCAAGGGGAACAACGUACGCCAGCAGCAGCAUCAGCCCCGUCUACCGAUACAGACAUGGACGAGCAAGUUGCCACAAUCGAGACCCCUGUAUCAGCUAGCGAUCUUCUUGACACAGUGCAUGCCUCACUUUCAGCUCUGACCACGCUCAUCCCGUUGGUAGACGAGUCCAAUCUUCAAAGCCUUGGAGAUAUGGCGCAGGCCCUGGCUGAGGAAAAAGCGCCCAGGUACAUCUCUCUUCUUCCCACCGAGGAGCAGGACUCUGCUCGAACAUCCGUGGCACUGGACAGGGCUGUCUUCGUGGCCACCUACGCCAAUGCUCAAUUCGAGGCACAGGUGAUUGGAAUGGAGACAUACCUUGAGCGUCUGAGCUCAUUUGAUGUGCCUGGCAAAGACAGCGACGCAAGCAUGCUCUGUGCUGAAGCGGAUGCACGGAUCGAGCUCGUACUCUCUGCCAUCGAUCGUUUCGGCGAGUCCUCUGGCUUGCCAGCGACUGUGUGCUGGAAACAGCUUGGCCUGUCACAAGACUUGUUCUCGAAAGCAAGUAAACUGACCACGGAGGAUGCACAAGAUCGUAAGGCGGAGGUGUACAAGUCCAAGGGCGACUUAGAGCUCUUGCGACACCGCGUCGCUACCAUUCGGAAUGCUGAUCUUUCGGAAGUGGUGUUGAAGAGUGCGAAGACCUUGAUCGCAAACGCUCAGACCUUUUACAAGGGUGCUGUGCAGCAUGCUAAGCUUGCCGACGAUGAGGAUGUUGAAGAUUCCGCACAGCAGAGAGGGCUCGUUGCUCGGGAGAUUGCGGCGUUGCUGUACGGGGGUCCGGCACAGAGUGAAAGGGAUGAGACCGUCGAGGACGAWCUGAUGGAGAUUCUUGAAGGCUGUGUUGAUGAGGGUAUCGUCAGUCAGAGCUUGGCCGGCGCGAUCAUGGAGGGAGAUGGAGCUUCGCAUAGCUAG